AUUCAAUUGUUUGUUUUUUAUAUUUAUUUAUUUUAUUUUAUCGUUUUAUUUAUUAAUAAAUAUGUAAUAUUCAAAACUGUUUAAUAUUAAUAAGUUGAAAAUGAGUUAACACAACAACGGUGUUUCCUAAAACUCUUAUAUAUUGUAAUUUUAGCUUAAAAUGUUGAGGUUUACAUCUCUUUACAGUUUAUAUAGGCUUGAUUACCUGGUUUUCAAACCUUAUUUAAACAAACAAUAUAACACUUUACUAAAUGGAAGGUUUAUGUCAAUCACUUUACCAAAUUAUUUUAAAACAUCCAGAAUUCAAAGCACAUUCAUUUGUAAUCAUCAUUUCAGUGACAUUAAAAAUUAUCAUACACAUACAUCACUUUCAAAUUACCAUACAAAUUCACUCAACAACAAUAUAAUAUUUAACCAACCAGUUGAUUGUAGAUCUAAUUUUAAUUCAAAUUACUAUGGUAAUAACUUGAAAUUGGCGUUUUCUACUGAAACGACCCCCAAGAACGAGGUUGUUAAGAGUAAAAAGAAGCCAUCUCUAAUAAAGAAGGUUGUGAAAGUGCCUCUGGUUUUGGUUAAAUGGAUUGUAUAUAUACCAUAUAGGAUUGGAAGGGGAAUAUUUAGAGUGUUUUCACUCACAUUUAGAGGCUUUAACAAACUAGCAAAGUUAGCAGCAAGAGCCGCAGUCCUCCAGAAAGUUACAGGAGUCUCUGGAAUUUUCAAAAGCAUCGUAGGUGGUAUAAAACAUACAAUACACUGGUGUAAAACAGGCUCUAAGCUAUAUGCAGCAAACGUCAAGGUGUCAUACUACAUCUUGAAGAAGCUUAUCAGAGGGCACCCUAUGAGGUACCAUGAGAGAAAACUCCUUAUGAAGACUAUGAAUGAUGCCCUUAAACUUGUUCCCUUUUCAUUGUUCAUUAUCGUACCAUUUGCAGAGUUUUUACUACCUCUAGUGAUAAGAUUCUUCCCCCAAAUGCUACCCUCAACGUUCCAAACUAACAAUAAUAAGGACGAUGACUACCUUCAGAAGAAACUGAUGGCAAAGAAGGAGCUUGCAACGUUCUUCCAGGAGCUCGUUCAGGAAAGAACUAACCAGAUUCUACAGGAGGAACUCGACUCUUCAAUGAGGACUAAAGCUGAGGCAUUGAAGCAGUUUCAGGAAAGGUUACUUAAUAAAAGUGAUGACAUGAAUCCAUUCCUAAGUGCCAAUGAACUCUUGGUGUUUUCAAAAUUAUUCAAAAAGGAGUUCGUGCUAGAUAAAAUGAGCUACCAGACUCUUAAAGUAAUGUGUAAACUUCUUGGUAUUACUCCUUUCGCACUUAAAUCACACCUCGUUUUACAACUCCGGCAUCAUUUGCUUAAAAUUCAGAGGGAAGACAGGUUAAUAUUGUGGGAGGGUGUAGAGAGUUUAGACAUGGAGGAGCUCCAGGAAGCCUGUAAAGAACGAGCAAUGAAGUUCUACAAUGUAACAAAGGAGCAACUCCAACAGCAACUGAAGCAAUGGCUUGAUUUGUCUAGUAGACGAGAGAUCAACCCGAUUCUUCUCCUUUGGAGCAGAUGUAUAACGAUGACUCACGAACCUAUGGUGAUUAAGGAAACAGGGGCUGCAGCUGACUCAUUAGAAACGGUUGACCCUCAGGAGAUCCUAGUUGACGCCAACGCUGAAGAAACCCUUGAGGAGAAGCCUGAGGAGAAGGUCGGAAGGUCUAAGAUCAAGGUCAUCCAGGACGUCGUUGAGGCUGCCCAAGUUGAUGAGGAGCAGUUACAUGAGCGUGAGGAACGCCUAGAGGAGUUAUCGGAGAAGGUGAAGGAGCUUAAGGAGAUUAUCGAAAAGAGUAAAGAGGAGGAAACCAUAUCAAAUUUCGAGUCAGAAGACGUUGUACCAUCUGAAGAACUACUUAACAUGGAAGAUGAUAUUCCACCAUCAGAGCGAAAAAAACAAGCGGAGUCAGACGACGAGCACAGUAAGUUCGAAACAUUGUCGAAAGAGGAGCUUGUUCAGAGACAUAGGGACCUUUUAUCCUCACUUGAUGUUCAGAUGCAGAUCAGUGAUCUCCAGUACCACCAACUCACUGAGCUUUACUCGUACAUGGUUAAAAUCUCCGAAAACUCUACCCCAAAUGAACCGAUUAAAAUAGACCAUAACGACCUCAAAUUGCUUCUAGACUCAACUCGGAAUGAUUUCAAGCAAAUCGAGACACUAUCGGCACAGUUUCAGAAAGUUUCCCAGAAUUUAACUUCAUAAUUUCAUAAAUACAGUUUAGACAGCUUAAGCGAGACUAACAAAUCAAAUAGUAAAUUAAAUCUCUAUACUUUUAUA